AUGUACGGCUAUUCAAUCAUCAUCGUAGCAAGCUUUGCUCGCCUUGUGCUGAGCUACGCAGUUCAACCACCAGUUGCACAUGAUAGGAUCAUUCGCCGCUGUGACAACGAAACCCAUUCGUUGUUCUGGCCAUAUAGCAAUGGCUCAUUGACACAAUCGCCCUAUGACCCCGAGAUCCAUGGCUCGGCAGGUUCAGGACUACUCACAGCCGGACCAUCAACAGGCUAUCCAAUUCCUCAGCCUUGUGGUGGCUAUGGUGGUUUCCCGUGUUUCCCGACUGGAACGAAUGGGCCAACUGCCGAAGCCACCGCUUCUUCCGAUAUUUCCAACGCGUCUUGGACUCAGUCUACCGCGAAUGCCUCUGCAAAUACUCCCAGUCAAUCAUUUGAUGUUGGCCCGCAUAUGACUUGGACGGCGUUCUCCCCUCUAGUCCAGUCAGCGAUAUCAACAAUCAGUGAGACUGUAACUGCAUCUGGGACCUCACUGUCUGGAAAUGAUUCCACGGAUUCCACGGGGUUCAGUUCUGCGACUUCAACGGAUCAUGGGUCUGAAGUCAGCAGCAUACAGUCCAACCCGACAACGUCAACGGAAUCCUCCAGUGACGUGGUACUGACCUCUCUGACCAGCAAUGCCACUGCCACUACGCUUUACAAUCACACCCGUACGAUCGGGUCUUCACAGCCCUUCGUUUCCCCAUGCCGGAACAGCCUAGGCUCUAGUUGUUCCUUCGGUAACGCAACAUACAUACCGACAGGCUCGGGGACGGGCGGCUGGGGCCCGCGUUGGACCAACGCAUCAUCUUACCCUCCACAGAGUGAUGCUUCCCCCCCUGGAACGGCGUCACAAGACCUAAGUGAGCUUGUAGCAACCAUCACAAUUGACCUCACACCGUCACCCGAGGAGAUUACCUUAACAGCUACGGUCAACGUUGGAGGUGUGCAGACGUCUUCAAGAGCCGUGGGGAAUGUGACUGAAUACACCAGCACAACCAGUUCAGCAACAGCUUCGUCCCAGGAGAACGGCCUUAUUACCAUGACGAUUGUGGUUGCCAACAACUCAACAGAUAUACUGGGAACCCAGACUGGUUCGCCAACGAACCCAACCUCGACGUUGGUGAAUUCGUCAGUUUCUGAACCUGCAUCUACCAUCUCUGGGGACAACUCAUCGGCGGCGAACGUGUCGGUUUCACCGCCGCCGACAACGGAAGCAACAUCUGGGGUGUCUGUAGGCUUGUUCACGACGUUGGCAGAGAACUCAACAAUGACAUCCCUGAAUGGCACCUUGGCUGAAACCGCGACGAUAACGACGCCUUACUGGAGCAACACCACCUCCAGUGCCCCUUGCACGGGGAACACAUCCCACAGCAACCUGCUCUGGGGUGACUGGAGCUUGACCGCUCCGUCUUUUACGCGCGAUAACAACAGCUCUUCCUCUGUAGACCAGACGUCCAGUUCCCAGACAGUGACUGCCAAUAAUACCAAUACGAGCCCCGAAUCAACGGUGGCCACGUCCUCCUCGGUGUCCAGUUUGGGCUUCAAUCUCAGCACAUCCGAAUCUGACAACUUGGUCACUCCAACUACGCUGCCCGCAAACACAUCCAUCAGCUCUCAGACCCUAGAGGGCUCCCCCACGCUGUCAAAUUCGGUUGCGUCUCCCAGCCUCAAUCCUAAUGCUUCGACCAUCUGCUUGAUCAAUGCAACAGUUGCAAGCUGCCCGAGCACAGCGGCGCCGUGGUUGUCAACUGCAGCCGUAAUUGGGACGGUUGGUGGAAGCGGUGGGAGUACGUUGACCACCUCGUUUGUUUCGGCUCCAAAUGGCAGCUUCUCAAGUGCUGGCGGUCCCUUGGGCCAGUCCCUUGUGCCACUUAAGCAAGCUCAAGCCCGGUCCGUGAGGAAAGACAUGGCUCAUGGCAGACCUUCCCCCACCCACGAUGGAGACAGUGCAAGUAGGCACAAAGUACAUCUACAGGGCCUCGAUGAGAAUGUGGAAGAGGGUGUCGUCAAGGGCGGGCCACUCGGCUGGGUGCGAGGUCAUUUGGCCGAUUUCUUCUGA